AUGCCACGAGCAUCAAGCGCUUCCUCGGGUCGGUCUAGGUUCACGCCCUUCCCCGCAGCCUCGCCCGCUUCUAGUGAUGGUACCACGGUGUCGGGGCGUGUGCGCCGGCGGAUUUCAGAUACCCGUCGUGACGCACUAAGUUCCCGAUCCAGUCGUGCUGGAACUGUACCGGUUGAAGAAAGUGAUGGAUCCGACCGGGAUGAACCCUUGCCGCGGUCGCAGGCUGGGCCGACUAUCACGCAUCUGUUUAUUAACAAUGAAUCAGUUAUGUCUAGAUCGCAGAAUUGGACGAAUGUUUUGGAUCCGGUUUCACAACGUCUACUUUGCAGGGUCCCGGGGAGUACUCUUCAGGAAGUAAAGCGGGCUGUUGAUGCUGCUGAAGAUGCCCAGCCUGGAUGGGCUGCUCUGGGGUUCCAGGUGAGGCGUGAACAUCUGUUGCGGCUGGUGGAUGUAUUGAGACAGAUGUCUCCUGAGAUUGUGACCUGCCUGUCUCGAGAAGUUGGAAAGACAUUAGCCGAUGCAGACGCGGAGGUUUUCCGUGGUCUGGACUGCAUACAUGCCGCAUGUUCGAUCGGGCCUGAAAUGGCUGGCAUGUUUUUAGGAGGCGAUGCAACAUUGCUGCAAACUUUCUACGAGCCAGUUGGCGUCUGUGUCUCAAUCACUCCAUUCAGCUUUCCCUUCAUGAUUCCCCUGUGGUCGCUUCCGUACGCGCUUAUCACUGGCAACACCGUCAUCCUAAAACCAUCCGAGAAAACACCAACUACGUCUUCGUUACUAGCGCAGGCAUUCAUCAAAACUGGCUUCCCUCCCGGGGUCUUCAAUGUGCUCCACGGCGGCCCAUCCACAGUGCAGAUGCUUGUGACCCAGCCGACGGUUCAAGCGGUGAGUUUCGUUGGGUCCGAGUCAGCAGCUAGGCAGGUGCAUGACCUGGCAAGGGCCGCAGGAAAGCGAAUACAAGCCGAGUGUGGUGGUAAGAAUCAUGGGGUCGUCUUGGAGGAUGCUAAUAUGUCCUCGACGCUUUUUGCGAUCGCUGGAAGUGCCUUCGGGGCCGCCGGUCAGCGUUGUAUGGCCUUGAGCGUAGCGGUGUUUGUAGGUGCGACGAGAGACUGGAUUCCUAGGCUGGUGGAGCUGGCACAGUCGAUGGUAGUAGGAUGUGGAGGUGAUCAGGAAUCUAAGAUUGGGCCGUUGAUUGACAAAACAGCCAAAGAAAAAGUCAGCGAGAUGAUCCAGCGAGCAGUUGAGGAGAGAGCAACCGUUCUUUUGGACGGUCGAGAUAUUGAGGUCCCCGGCUAUCCGGAUGGCAACUUCAUGGGCCCAACCAUUCUCGGGGAUGUGCAGACUUACAUGGAAUGCUAUCAGGCGGAAAUAUUUGGGCCUUUGCUCAUCUGCAUGGAGGUGGACACUCUUGAGGAAGCGAUCGAUCUGAUAAACCAAAAUAAGUAUGGUAACGGAUGCUCUAUUUUCACCACCAGCGGCAAGCAUGCAAAUACGUUCCAACGCUGUGUCAAUGUUGGACAGAUUGGUGUCAACAUCCCGUUGAUCGGUAUGGCUGUCCCCAUUUCCGUAGCGCAACCAACCCCUGACAGUACAACAGCGCCGUAUGGAACCGCGGUCCGAACGAGCAACAAAGAUUCUUUCCUGGGUGGUGAGUGCCCAGACAUCUCCGGUGAAAGGAAAGCUGACCUCUGCAGAUCGACAUUCCCCUGGGAAGACAUAUUGGCCAUUCUUCACGACCACAAAAACGGUGUCAUCCCGAUGGGAUCAGUGAAAAUCUAG